UAUAUAUAUAUAUAUAGAUGAUCAUCUUGUGCAAACAAGCACAAUCCCUUCUUCUAAAGAAGCCUUCUUCCUGCCAAAAGCCAUAUAUAUAAUUAAGAACAUGUCAUCCACAAGUUCGGUUUCUAUGAAGGAGCAGAUGGUUCCUGAAAAUGAAGUUGAGCAGGUGCGAUUGCUCAAUGGAAUUGAGGAUUCAUAUGAAGGAAUUAUUAUAGAAAUAAAAGAAUACAUGGACUCUCAUAUUUUUAUUCCUAUACUUAGAGCUUCCAUUUCACAAUGGAAGCAGCAGGGAAAGAAAGGUGUUUGGAUCAAAUUGCCCAUUGAAGUUUCUAAUCUCAUCAAUCCUGUCGUUCAGGAAGGAUUCAGGUACCACCAUGCUGAACCAGAUUACUUGAUGUUGGUGAAUUGGCUACCUAAUACUCCUGAUACUCUUCCAGCAAAUGCUUCACAUCGAGUGGGCAUUGGAGCAUUCGUAGUGAACAACAAUAGAGAGGUACUUGUAGUUCAUGAGAAUAGUGGUAGAUUCAAAGGUACAGGAGUAUGGAAGUUACCUACUGGGGUAGUCAAUGAGGGUGAGGAUAUUUGUGAAGCUGCGAUUCGAGAGGUUAAAGAGGAAACUGGAAUUGAGGCAGAAUUUGUCGAAAUUUUAGCGUUCAGACAAAGCCACUGCUCAUUCUUUGGCAAAUCAGAUUUAUUUUUUGUUUGCAUGUUACGACCACACUCCUUUGACAUUCAUAAGCAAGAUUCAGAAGUUGAGGCAGCCCAGUGGAUGUCAAUUGAGGACUAUGCGAAUCAACCAUAUAACAAAGAACACCAGCUCUUUCAAUAUGUUGCAGAAGUAUGCAAAACUAAGUCCGAGGGGGAUUAUGUUGGAUUUUCUACAGUUCCUAUAGCCACAGCUUCUAAUAAAAAGAUGUACUUGUACUUCAACAAUCAGGAUUUCAGCAAAUUCCAGAACUUUUAAAGUAGAAUUUUGCGAGUCCUAUCAUGAAGAUUUGAACUAUAAGACUUUUCAAAUUUAAAGACGAUUCCAGCACCAUUAAACUAAAGGUAUUUAUUGAUUUGCCAACACACUAAAGAUCAAUAGUAACUCUUUAUUGAUAGCUAAUAUAUAGUUGAUUUUUGGUAGGGAUAAUUGGCAAUGUUGAUGAAGAACCUUUGAAAGAACAAACUAUUAUUAGUUAUUGUUGUUGAAAUGAUAAAUUAUUGUCAAGGACAUUUUAUUGAGAAACUUUUGUAUUUGAAGUGUUAAAAUAAAUAUAUUAUUCAUAGCUUUUAUUCA